CUUUUUUUACUUAUAGAAUUAGAACCAGCUUUUCCCUAUAGAGAUGUAACCAUACAGAGAGGAGUAGAUGCCAAUGAACUAUAUGAAAUACUGGGCGAAGUGGGCAGAGGCAAAUUUGGCACAGUUUAUAAAUGCCAGGAUAAGAGUAACAAUUUAAAAUUGGCGGCCAAAUUUGUACCCAUACCUAAGCGUGAAGAUCGUCGUAAUGUUGAACGUGAAGUGGAAAUUAUGAAUUCGUUGCAGCAUCAUUUGAUUAUACAAUUAUAUGCGGCGUAUGAAUAUCAGAAAAUGAUGUGUGUCGUCCAGGAAUUGUGCGAUACAUUGGCAAAGGAUUCAUCUUCAAAAUCAUACUUGGCAAUUGUUACAUUUGCCAUUGUUUCGAUGUCAGUUUCACCCAUAAAGGGCGACAAGCCAGAGAUGCUGUUGUUAGGUUUAGAAAUACAGGAUAUAAAGGAAGCUUUUAAAUAUAAUUUACUAAUGCUACUUCUUUACAUCUUUUUUCCCCAUGCAGUCUGUUCACCAUCGCCUUGUGAGUCACUGGCCACCGUAACCGAUGAUGAAACUGCUCAUUUCUCUGAAAUCGUCGAAGAAGAGGAACCUCCUACACCCAUUAAUGAGUCGAAGGAAAAACUUUUCCCUGCAUCCAGCGGCACAGCCACUCCAACACCGUCUAUGCAAAAUCUGAAUUUCGGUUAUCCUUUCGGCAGUAAAGUGGAUGAAUUUAAUGGCAGCAGCAUGAAUUUACAACAACGUUCUUUGAAAUCGUAUCUUCAUACAUUCGAUCGUAGAAAUUCGGAUACAAAUUGUUUAUUGGGCAGAAGAUCUUCAGGAGAGCGUGUUAAUUUAGCGGAUGAGAUUAAAAAACUUUCCGAUCAUUUGUUAAUGUUGGCGGAAAUUAAUAAUAAAUUCAGCAAAGAUGUGCAAAAACAACAGGUUGAAGAAGAAAAACAAGACAAAGAGGAGAAGAAGAUAAAGAAAACCAAAGAAACGGGGGCUGAAAAGAAAACUAGCACAAAAACACCUACUUCGAAAACAAAAGACACUAGUAAUGAAGUUAAGUCUUCUAAAAUUAGCAGCCAUAAAACCAGCAACACUGCUACUACCUCCAGCAAAACUGUGGAGAGUUCAAUGACAACUACAACAUCCACGAAUUCUAGCAAUUUCUUUAGUAAUUUAAAUCCCGGCAAAAGUCGGACUAGUACUUUAAGCUGGCGUCUGCAGCAAUCCAUAGAAGAGACACCCAAGCUAAAUACCAACAGCUGGUCCAAUAAAUCGACAGCCACCAGCAGUUCCUCCACAACUACCAAAAAGUCCUCAGUCAGCACUAUUUCAACGCAAAAUACCAAAACUUCUAAUGAUCACAAAAUCCAGGAAGCGGCCAGCAUAAGAAGAGCCAAAUUCCGUAUCAAUCAAAUGAGUCGUGAUGUACCUAUAGGCCUGCCCGACACCCAUCAAAGCGUUAACCUAGAAGAGGCCGCCAACAAUACCAAAGAUUGUCUCUUACAUUUGUUGGAAAAAUAUAAUGACAGUAAAACUCGCAAUCCCCUGGGACGUCAUCAAAGUAUCAGCGUUGAUUGCAAUGUACGCGAUAAUUUGGAAUAUCGUUCCAUGAGUUCAAUAAAUGCCUUCUUUCAAAGACACAACAACAAUGGAGAAAUGGUAAAACAAUUACAGGCUCAAUUAAAGGAAAAAACUGGUGAAUCAUAAUAAGUCCCCUGAGGUCUAACAAACUACACCCGAAAGUGUAAAUUCCUAGUCUUUAAUAGUUUAAUUGAAAUAAUUAAUGCUCAAAUCUAAACAAAAACAACAACAAAAGUUAUUUAAUGCUUAAGCAAAAUCUUUAAAAUCUAUUUGUUAAUUAAAUAUU